AAAUACCUCCAAGACCACAAAUAUCUUCAAAACUGUAAAUAUGCUCAAGACUGUAAAUAUGCCCAAGACUGUAAAUAUGAUCAAGACUGUAUAUAUUCUCAAGAUUGUAAAUAUUCUCAUGACUGUAAAUAUACUCAAGACUAUUGUAAAUAUUCUCAAGACUGUAAAUAUCCUCAAGACUGUAAAUAUCUCCAGGACUGUAAAUAUCUCCAAGACUGUAAAUAUCUCCAAGACUGUAUAUACCUUCAAGAUUGUAAAUAUGCUCAAGACUGUAAAUAUCCUCAAGACUGUAUAUAUUCUCAAGAUUGUAAAUAUUCUCAUGACUGUAAAUAUCCUCAAGACUGUAAAUAA